GGAACGGACAUAAUUACACCGAGGAAGUCGACACAGCGGCAGGUUCCGGCUGGCCGAAAGAGAGCCGCGAGACAGGGGGAGGGCAACUCUGAAAAGUUCAAUUCAAGGACAGCUUGUUGUCUUUUAGUGCAACCCAGGAAGGAAUAUGGAUCACCUCGCAUCAUUCAGCAGUAGCACAAAGAUCCUGGCUCAAGAUGACCCUUUUGACAAGCCACCGUGCCGUGGGUGCUCCUCCUACCUUGCAGAACCAUACAUAAAGUGCGCCGAAUGCGGGCCGCCUCCCUUCUUGCUGUGCUUGCAGUGCUUCACAAGAGGAUUUGAGUACAAGAAGCACCAGAGUGAUCACACCUAUGAAAUAAUGACCUCCAACUUCCCUGUCCUUGAUCCUACUUGGACAGCUCAAGAAGAAAUGGCCCUCCUAGAAGCUGUGAUGGAUUGUGGUUUUGGAAACUGGCAGGACGUAGCCAACCAGAUGAGCACCAAGUCAAAAGAGGAGUGCGAAAAGCAUUACAUGAAACACUUCAUCAACAAUCCCCUUUUUGCAUCCUCGUUAUUAAAUCUGAAGCAGGCAGAAGAGAACCAGCACACGACAGCCGUUCCGUUUUACUCUGUUGAAGAUCCUCCGAGACCUACCUUUGAUUCCCUACUCUCCAGGGACAUGGCUGGAUACAUGCCAGCAAGGGCAGAUUUCAUUGAGGAGUUUGACAAUUACGCCGAAUGGGAUUUAAGGGAUAUAGAUUUUGUGGAGGAUGACUCAGAACUCUUACAUGCUCUGAAGAUCGCAGUUGUAGAUAUCUACCAUUCUAGGUUAAAGGAAAGGCAACGCAGGAAAAAAAUCAUAAGAGACCAUGGACUCAUCAAUUUCAGAAAGUUUCAGAUUCUGGAAAGAAGAUAUCCAAAGGAGGUUCAAGACCUUUAUGAGUCGCUGAGACGCUUUGCAAGAAUACUGGGACCAACGGAGCAUGAUAAAUUCAUAGAAAGCCACGCACUGGAGUUUGAGCUGCGGAGGGAAAUCAAACGGCUACAGGAAUACAGGCUGGCUGGGAUCACCAAAUUCUGCAGCGCGAGCACGUACGACUGCCUCAAGAAGACCCGCGAGGAGGAGCGCCUGAAGCGCACCAUGCUCUCCGAAGUCCUCCAGUAUAUCCAAGAUAGCAGCGCCUGCCAGCAGUGGCUCAGCCAGCAAGCCGACAUAGAUUCUGGCCUGAGUCCCACAUUGCCAGUUACGUCAAAUUCAGGAAGGAGAAGCGCCCCUCCAUUGAACCUCACUGGCCUCCCAGGGACAGAAAAACUUAAUGAGAAAGAAAAAGAGCUCUGUCAGAUAGUUCGAUUGGUCCCUGGCGCCUACUUAGAGUACAAAGCGGCCUUAACCAACGAGUGCCACAAACAAGGAGGCCUGAGGCUUGCUCAGGCACGCGCCCUCAUCAAGAUCGACGUGAACAAGACCAGAAAAAUCUAUGACUUCCUGAUCCGAGAAGGGUACAUCACCAAAGCCUGAUGGGGAAUGGCGGCGGCCCUUGGGGACUGACUUGGUCGUGCUUUCGAAUCAAAGCCCCUGGAUUUCUUUGGAAACGGUUGUCUUGGAAAAUUGCGAAGAGCUGUCUAAGAAGGUUGACUUCUCGUACCGCUCUCCUUUUUAACCCCACAAUAUGUUUGUUAUGCUGCUAGGAACUUUUUGGAAAGGGUUGUGGGACGUGUAAUCUAUUAUUAAAAUAUGA